AAGCAUCAUCUUCAACUCGCGCCCAGGGCCGUCGCCAACAUGGUCAUGGACUACGACUCCGACUCCACGGAGGGCGACUACACCGAGACAAACGUCCUCCUGGGGUAUGCCUCCAAAGAUGCCGACGAAGACACAAUAAGCAAGCUGGGCGGGCUUCCGGUACGCAAACAAACAACCGCUCUAUCUCUCUUUUCUUUGCUGGUACCUUUGUUGCAGGCGCAUUUCCGGCCUCUUUACCCAAUGUUGCCCGGGCUCUUUGCCUGUCCCUUUUGUGGUCGCACUCCAUCUCCGCUCUCUUGUGCGUAAAUGCUGAAACUCCAAUCCGUCUAGGACUGGCUCGACGCCGAGAAGCCCCCGACGGCGGCGUACGCGCGGUGCAAGGCGUGCCAGGACCUCAUGGUGCUGCUCCUGCAGCUCAACGGCGAACUCCCAGAGCGCUUCCCCGGCCACGAGCGGAGGCUGUACGUGUUUGCGUGCAGGCGCGGGUCCUGCAGGCGCAAGGAUGGCAGCGUCAGGGUUGUCCGAGGCGUGAGGGUUUGGGAGGACGAGGCUGCUGCUGCUGCUGCCGCCGCGGCGCAAGCUGAAGAGCAGGCGAGAAAGGAAGAGGAGGCCAAGGCGAAGAAGAAGAAUGACGGCCCUGGACUGGGUGAGGCGCUCUUCGGCGCAAAGACUUUUGGUGGAGGCGCCGGCGCGGGGAAUCCCUUCCCCUCCGGCGCGAACCCGUUCGGUGCGUCCGGGUCGUCGAAUCCGUUCAGCGCAGCCGCCGCUCCCUCUGCCAACAACCCCUUUGCCUCGCAGCCGAGCAAGGCCCCCGCCGCGCCGUCAGAACAUCAACAAGAAGAACAGCAGCAGCAACAACAGCAGCAGCAGCAGCAAGCUACCUCAUCCCUCUCCAAGACCUUUGCCGAAACCCUCUCCCUCGACGCCCCACCGCCGCCGCAGCCCCCUCCCCCAGCCGAGCCCUGGCCCGAAGCCUCCUCCUCCCCCUCCCCAUCCCACCCGAAGCCCUACCCGACGCUCUUCCUGUCGGACGCCGACUACGAGACGCUCGACCCCACGCCCGAGCAGGCCCCCGCCAACGUGCGCGUCGAGGAUGCCGACGCGCCCGAGCCCUCCAUCCUCGACCGCGAGGCCUUCGAGUCCACCAUGGACGCCACCUUCCAGAAGUUUGCGGACCGCCUCGCGCAGAACCCGGACCAGGUCAUCCGGUACGAGUUUGGCGGCGCGCCGCUGCUGUACUCGAAGACGGACGCCGUGGGACGGAGGAUCCUCGGCGGCGGUGGCGGUGGUGGCGCUGGCAUCCCCGGGUGCGCCAACUGCGGCGCCAGGAGGACGUUCGAGGUGCAGCUGACGCCCAAUGCCAUCGCCGAGCUCGAGGCGGAUGACCUGAGCCUCGAGGGCAUGGAGUGGGGGACCAUCAUCGUGGGCGUGUGUGAGAGGGACUGCGUGCCGCGACAGACGGAAAAGGGCGAGGCGGGGUACCUCGAGGAGUGGGUGGGCGUGCAGUGGGAGGAGUUGACGAAGCAAAAGUGAAACUGAGACUCGGUGCAGAAUAGACAAAUGGCGGUGAUUAGUCUCUGAGCCAUGACGAUCUUCAAGAUAUUGCGUUUAACGCGGCGUCUAGAUCUCGGCGUCGCUUGUGCGUG